UGGUCCUUUCUCUCAAAGUCUCAACAUCCAUUCAGCCAUUAUUGGUUAAAGCCCAAAAGAAUGGGAACUUUGAUCCAUAAUUAUCGUUUAAGCCCCUCGAACUUUGUCACUCCAACGAUAAAUUGCUACCCAUCAGAUUUUCGUCUUAAGCAGGCUCUACUUGUCCAACAAGUAAGCUAUUGGAAUCGUUGCAAAAGCAGAGAAGCUAAGAUGUCCGCGGCCGUCGCUGCUACCGGCGACGCUAAUUCCACCCACACUGAGCAAAACCCAGGAAUCCGUCAGCAGAAAAUAGUUUUACGAAACAACCAUGGGGAGAAACUAGUGGGUCUAUUGCAUGAAACUGGAUCCAGAGAGAUUGUAAUAUUGUGCCAUGGAUUUCAAUCAACCAAGGAAACAAAUACCAUGAUAAACCUUGCUUCUGCCCUGGAGAAAGAAGGGAUCACUGCAUUUCGUUUUGAUUUUGCUGGAAACGGGGAAAGUAAAGGAACAUUUCAAUAUGGCAACUAUUGUAGAGAGGCUGAUGACUUACAUUCAGUAAUCCAACACUUUUCUGAAGCUAAUCGUGUCACAAGUGCAAUCCUUGGACACAGUAAAGGUGGGAAUGUGGUGCUCUUAUACGCCUCCAAGUAUCAUGACAUACACUGUGUCAUCAACGUAUCAGGGCGUUAUAAAACAGAAGGUGGUGUGGAAGAGCGAUUGGGAAAAGGGUAUUUGGAGAAAGUAAAAAAAGAUGGUUUUAUCGAUGUUAAAGCCAAAACCGGGGAGGUCUUGUAUCGUGUGACUGAGGAAAGUUUGAUGGAUCGUUUGAAUACAAAUAUGCAUGAAGCAUGUUUGCAGAUCGAUAAAGAUUGCAGGGUGUUGACAGUUCAUGGAUCCAGUGAUUCAAUUGUGAGAGUUGCAGAGGCAUUGGAGUUUGCAAAGAUUAUACCAAACCACAAGUUACAUAUCAUUAAAGGAGCCAAUCAUGGAUUCUCCAAACAUCAAAAUGAAUUAGUUUCGGUUGUUUUGUCUUUCAUAAGAGAAUAUUCUCCAUUCAAACAAGCCAUACGAAUCAAUCACCACUCACACACUCUCAACAGUAGAACAAACAGAAUCAGUCUGCAGAUGGCCGCCGGCGACUCCACCACCACCACCUCCGUAAACGUCGAGCAAAACCAAGGGUUUGAACUGCAAAGAAUAAUCAUACAAAACAAACACGGAGAAAAACUUGUGGGUUUGUUACACGAAACAGGGUCUAAAGAGAUUGUAAUCAUAUGCCAUGGCUUCCAAUGCACAAAGGAGUAUAGUAUGAUGGUGGAUCUUGCACUUGUAUUGGAAAAAGAAGGAAUUACUGUAUUUCGCUUUGAUUUUUCAGGAAAUGGUGAAAGUGAAGGCUCAUUUGAAUUUGGAAACUAUCGUAAGGAGGUCGAUGACUUAAAAGCAGUAAUCCAACACUUCACUGCAGCAAAUCGUGUUAUAACUUCAAUUAUUGGACACAGUAAAGGUGGAAAUGUGGUGGUCUUAUAUGCAUCUUUACAUCACGAUAUCAAGACAGUUGUCAACGUGUCUGGUCGCUAUAAGAUGGAUAGGGGCAUCGAGGAGAGAUUAGGAAAAGAUUAUUUAGAAAGAGCAAAAAAAGACGGAUUUAUUGACAUCAAAUCCAAAACAGGAGAAGUUUCGUUUCGUGUGACUGAAGAAAGUCUGAUGGAACGUCUGAAUACAAACAUGCAUGAAGCAGGACUUAAAAUCGAUAAAGAUUGCAGGGUGUUGACUGUUCAUGGAUCAGUUGAUGAGGUCAUCCCAGUUGAAGAUGCCAUGGAGUUUGCCAAGAUUAUACCAAACCAUGAGUUAAAAAUCAUUGAAGGGGCUAACCAUGGUUACAACAAACACAGGGACGAAUUAUGUUCGGUUGUUGUGGAUUUCAUAAAGGACUAGUUGUCCUAACAGAAGGAGGUGAGAAUCCAUAAGUGAAAUCUCAGGCUAAACUAUAAAAUAGUUAUAUAACUAUUUUAUAGUUCAUUUUGUGGUGUUUUGAGACUUUAAGCAAUUCCUGUUGUUUAUUGUAUAGUUUGUUCGGAAACAAUGAUGAAUCAUGUAUUUGAGCAAAGAUUGUACUUGACUUUAGUGAAUGUCAUGUUUUUGGGAU